GUGUUACCGUUAAUUUGUUAUGAUCUGUGACAGAUGCGUGUGGCUGAUAUGAAUGAUAGUAUUAAAUUCCCAGUUAAUCCAAAAUUUCUGCCAUAUCUGAGUCUGCUUCUGAUGCUUACUUUGUUUAUUCAGUCAAUGGGAAAAGCUGCCAGUCUCUCAAGUCUCUCCCAGUUAUGAAUAGGUUACCUUCCUUUCACUGUGUGCUUCGUGUUUUAUUGUGUGUUCCAGUGGGUCUUAUGGAAGGAGUGCAUUGAAUUUUUUCCACAAAGAAAUGAUUAUCUGAAUAUGGAAAUAUGUCAUUCAUAGGGGAUUUUUUUUUCCUUCUGCUAUGUUUUCUGCUUGUUUUGAACCAUAAAUAUAGAGAAGAAUACGACUGUAUAGGUCAUAGACUACAGAGAGAUAAGUUUAGUGUGUUAGAAAUAUUGUUAAAUCUAUGAUAGGUAAAUGUAGUCAGCAAAAGGACAAUGCUGAUGGCCAAUGUCUAGAAUAGAACAUAGAACUCUUUUGGACCUCUAUAAAUUUUCAGUUCCUCAGGACUGUCAGUCUCACCCAUCUUUCUGCACACAUUGGGGAAAAUGGUACCUUGCUGAUCCAGAGUAUGUGUGAUGUUUUAGGACUUGGUGGUCUUUGAGGAUGUGGCUGUAGAAUUUACCCAGGAAGAAUGGGCUUUACUGGAUUUUUCUCAGAGAAAACUCUACACAGAUGUAAUGAUGGAUACCUUGAGGAACCUGGACUCAGGAUACUAAUGGACAAAUACUGCCUAUAAAGUGUGACUCCUGCUCUUCAAUGUUAGGAGAAAUCUGUGAAUUCCAUGGCAUUGAACGUCAACACAACCACCAAAGGAAGCACAUGAGAAAAUAUUCAGUAGAGAGCAUCUGUGAGAGUAAGAAUGGUGAAGAAGGUAAUCGCUGUAGAAAAACUUUCAGCUGGAUUAGCAAUCUUACUAGGCUCAAAAGAACUGCUGGAGUAAAUCCUUUUCAGCGUCUUGAGUGUGGAAAAGCCUUUAUGGAUCAUUCAUCAUUUAAGAGUCACAUCACAUCUCUCACUGGAAACAAAGUUUAUCGUUAUAAGGAAUGUGGAGAAGACUGCACUUGUCCUUCUUACCAAAAACCUCGUGUGAGAGAGAAACUUUGUAAGGAUUAUGGGAAACCUUGUAGUUGUUCCUUAUCCCUCACUAAACACAUAACUCACAGUGGAGAGAGGCCUUAUGGAUGUAAGGAGUGUGGGAAAGCCUUUAAUCAUCUCUCACAUCUCACCAGACAUAUAAGAACUCACAGUGAAGAGAGGCCUUAUGAAUGUAAGUUAUGUGGGAAAGGCUUUCGUUGUUCCCCAUCUCUCAAUGUACAUAUAAAAUCUCACAGUAGAGAGAGGCCUUAUGAAUGUAAGGAGUGUGGGAAAGCCUUUAAUUAUCUCUCACAUCUCACCAGACAUAUAAGCACUCACAGUGAAGAGAGACCUUAUGAAUGUAAGUUAUGUGGGAAAGCCUUUCGUUGUUCCUCGUCUCUUAAUGUACAUAUAAAAUCUCACACUGGAGAGAGGCCUUAUAAAUGUAAGGAGUGUGGGAAAGCCUUUAAUUAUCUCUCAAAUCUCACCAGACAUAUAGGAACUCACAGUGGAGAGAGGCCUUAUGAAUGUAAGGAAUGUGGGAAAGGCUUUCGUUGUUCCUCAUCUCUCAAUGCACAUCUAAAAUCUCACAGUGGAGAGAGGCCUUAUGAAUGUAAGGAAUGUGGGAAAGCUUUUUGUCGGCCCUCAGACCUCACUAGACAUUUAAGAACUCACAGUGGAGAGAAGCCUUAUGAAUGUAAGGAAUGUGGGAAAGCUUUUUCUUUUUCCUCAGCUCUUACUGUACAUAUAAGAUCUCACAGUGGAGAGAGGCCUUAUGAAUGUAAGGAAUGUGGGAAGGCCUUUAGUCGGUCCUCAGACCUCACUGCCCAUAUAAUAACACACAGUGAAGAAAGGCCUUAUGAAUGUAAAGAAUGUAGAAAAGCCUUUAAGCAAUUUGGACAACUCACUAGACAUGUAAAAGUUCACAGUGGAGAGAAGCCUUAUGAAUGUAAGGAAUGUGGGAAAGCCUUUAGUGACUUUUCACAACUCACUAGACAUGUAACAGUUCACAGUGGAGAGAAGCCAUAUGAAUGUAAAGAAUGUUGGAAAGCCUUUAGUCGGUCUUCGUACCUCAGUGCCCAUGUAAUUACACACAGUGAAGAGAGGCCUUAUGAAUGUAAAGAAUGUGGGAAAGCCUUUAAGCAGUUUUCACAACUCACUAGACAUGGAAGAAUUCACAGUGGAGAGAAGCCUUAUGAAUGUAAGGAAUGUGGGAAGGCCUUUUGUCAGUUUUCACAACUCACUGGACAUAUAACAGUUCACAGUGGAGAGAGGCCUUAUAAAUGUAAGGAGUGUGGAAAAUCAUUUAGUCGAUAUUCAUACCUCACUGCUCAUAUAAGAGUUCACAGUGGAUACAAGCCUUAUAAAUGUAAAGAAUGUGGGAAAGCCUUUAAUCAUUCCUCACACCUCACUAUCCAUAUGAGAUCACACAGUGGAGAGAGGCCUUAUAAAUGUAAGGAGUGUGGGAAAGCCUUUUUUAGGUUCUCACACCUCAUUGAGCAUGUAAGAACUCACAGUGGAGACAAGCCUUAUAAAUGUAAGGGAUGUGAGAAAGCCUUUACUUCUUCCUCGUCCUUUCGUAAACAUGUUAGAGCUUACCAUGGACGUAGGCCUUCUGAUAGUAAGGAAUGUGGGAAAGCCUUUAGUUCUCACACCUCACUGAUCAUAUAAGAUCUUAGUGGAGAGAACUUGUGGUGCACUGAAUUGCUAUCAUAUGGCCAUUUUAGCUAUGGUCUUGUAACUCACAAAAAAAGGGUGGGAGUUUGCAUAUUUACCAGUGAAAGGACAUUUAAGUUUUUUCAUGUUUUUAUGAAUAAAACAGCUGUAAAACUUUCAAGCGUGGGUUUUUUUGUUGUGUUUGUGUGUGUGUGAACAUAAGAUUUCAUUUUUGUUGGAUAUGUCCUUACAAGUGGGAUUCUUGUGGCAUAUGGUAGGUUUAUGUCUACCUUUAUUAGAAACUACUCAUCUUUUCCCUGCGUUCUUUUUCUUCUGCAAAUAAGAUGAAUAUAACCCUUAUAGAUGGUCAGUUUUGCCAUUCCACUAGGUUUAAAAAAUAGCCAAUUUCAUAGAUGGGUAGAGGGACCUCACUACCAUCGAGGAGACAGGUCAGGAGAGGUGUGGAGAGCAUCCUCUGGACCUGGGGUCUCUGCCCUGAGAACCUCCUAGA